CUUGACAUAUCUCAAAAGAAAACAUUUUACAUUUACAGAAAGCGGAGCGUAAACAACAUGUCUUCGCUUCUUCACGUAGUAGGAAGAAGCAUGUCAGCAGCGAGGGUGUGGCGUCAGGUGUGCCCCAUCUUGCAGUGCCUCAGUCAACAACGGGCCACACCUCAUCUCAGUCCAUUUUCCUCAGCUAUGGCAGUGCAGUGCUCCCACCGCCCGCCCAAAUUGAAUGAAAUGCAGGAGGUGAAGUGGCUUCACCCAGGCGAUGGCAGGGUAGAGGACAUGAUAGCCAUGAACAAACAUGGCACUUGGCGCCAUUGCGUAUAUUUUACCUUGCACUUGGAACAACCAUUAGAACCACAGCAGUAUCUUCAAGCUGUAACUCAUCUGCGUAAUAAGGUUCAGCUGUUGAGGACCUGUUUCCGCCUCCGUGACAAAGAGUGGUGGCUGUGUGAGAUGCCAACACCUUCCAUCGACUUCCAGGUUGUUGAAGGGUCAGAUCCACUUAAGGAAACACAGUCACUGAUACACAUGCCUACAAAUUUGACCGAUGGACCUCUGUGGCGCGUUCGACUUCUAUCAUCUACCCCUGAAGACCUUCCUCCUCGGCCAGAGAUAAACGAAAAAUUUCCAUAUCGGAACACAGUGAUAUUUGAGUGCCAACAUGCAGCAAUUGAUGCUGGUGAUAUCAUAAUGAUUAUUCGUUGGUUCCAUAAAAUCAUUGAUGACAUGCUAAGCGGAAAGCCCAUUGAUGAUUUGCAAUUUGAUCAACUUGCAGACCACAGUCAGACAUCAGAAAUUACCCAACAAAUAAAAUCGGCUCUUGAAAAUGAUCCUGAGCGGUUGAGCUCAUUAAUUAAACUUAAAAAACAAGAGCCUGCCACUUCUGUCCUCAUUGAAGCUUUCGGAGCCCCAGAACCAUCUCAGGCAGAGACAAAAUACUUGGAAAAUGUUUUUCUGAAUAUCUCAGAUGUUGAUAAGUUUCAUGCCAAGUGUCAGUCUGAAAAUAUAUCGUUCAAUUCAGGAUUUACGAGUGUAAUUAACACGGCUCUUGUUGAGGUAGUAAUGGAGGCUGGCUUUACACGAGACGCCUACAAUAUUAGGAGUCGUAUUCCCAUUGAUAUGCGUCGUUACAUGAAAGAUUACUCCAAGACCUUCCUUUCGGGUUUCCAUGGUGCUCCAAUGUUUCAGAGCAUUUCAACACCUUACAAUGUUAAAGAUCAUUUCUGGAUGUAUGCAAAGCAGCAUGAUGUUCAGUUUCAGAAUAACUUGAAGAAAAAAUCAUUUAUUGAAGAUAUGAUCAUUGAGAGAAUGCUUCGGCCAGCUGAUUUUUCUCCUGAGAAAUUCUUUGCAAAUCCACAACCUAUUACGAGAGACUAUUUGUUUACAAAUAUGUUUAAACAUUUUUCCAGAACAUACGGAGUAGGUAAACAUGUUCAGCUAACAGAUUUUAAAAGUUAUGUAAAUAUUCAUGCUCUUGACGUUACAUUCGUCUGCGCCUUAUUCCAAAUAUGUGAAGAGAUCCGCUUUGAUGUCUGGUACUCGUCACGGGGAUUAACAAAAAAUACAGCACAAAACAUUGCUGACAAAACUGUUUCAGUCUUCAGUGAAAUUUGUGAAAAUAUAUAAUGUUUAGAUGUCAGAUCAAGGAAUUCCUUCAUAUGUAAGAAAUCAUAGAUGUCAAGAGUGGGUCACUUUGGGGGUUAAAUAGCCAAAUUACAUUUCAAUAUUUACUGUAACAUUUCGACGUAUAUGUACUUAGUUAUGUGUCAUGUAAAAUUGGCUCCAGCAAGUCAGUGAUAGAUAGUAAGUGCUCUCAAAACAUAAAGCCUCAUUAUCCAGCCUAUCCACCUGUUUUGGUGAGUACUAAUAGUAACGAUGAGGUCAUUGCUAUAUAUGCCGAUGUACAACGAAAUUAAAGAGUAGAAAUCUGAA